AUGGAAACAUCAGCUGCCACUGUCGUUGAGAUUCUUGCCAUGCUUAUUCUACUUCAAAGCGCUUUGUUCUGCUGCAGUGGAGCUAAUUUCAAUGGAAGCUGUAUCAAGAUUGAAAGAGAAGCUCUUGUCAAGUUCAAGGCAAGCCUCGCCAUCAACAGUUCGAACUUGUUGCUUUCAUGGAUCGGAGAUGACUGCUGCAGAUGGGGAGGAGUCACUUGUGACAACAUAACCGGCCAUGUGGUCAAGCUCGACCUUUCCUGGGCCUCACUCCAGGGAAAGGUUUCCCUUCAUCUUGGAAACCUUUCAAACUUGCAGUAUCUUAAUCUCUGUUAUAAUUAUGGAUUUGCGAUCGACAGCCUCCACUUUCCAUCUUCUUUGAAAUACUUAAACAUGGGGUAUGUGCUCCUGGACAAGUGUGACAAUUGGUUCGAGUCAACAAACAAGCUUCCUUCCCUACUAGAAUUACAUUUGACUUACUGUAAGCUUUCCUUCACUGGUCAUGUUUCACGUGUCAAUCUUACAUCUCUUGAGGUCCUCGAUCUUAGCAAUAACAACUUCAAUUCCACAAUCCCCAGCUGGUUAUUUAAUAAUAGCAACCUUCAAUAUCUUGAUCAACAUUCUAGUUCAUUCCGAGGCUCUCUUUCAACUGAUAUCAGUAAUCUUAAUUCUCUUGCCAUUCUUAGUCUGGGCUUUAAUUCUCUGGAAGGUAACAUACCCAAAACGUUGAACAAGCUUUGCAAUUUGAGUGUGCUGCACUUGGGACACAACAAGAUCAACGGUGACAUUUCUGGACCUUUUGGCAAUUCAUCCAGUUGCAUCCAGAAUAGUUUAGAGUAUCUGUAUCUUUUCAGCAAUUCAUUUUCUGGCGGUCUUCCAAAUAACAUGGGAGAAUUUAAAUUCCUAAAAUCUCUUUCGCUUUAUAACAACUCUUUCUGGGGUCCAAUUCCUGUCUCUAUUGGACAGCUUUACAACCUAGAAGACCUAGAUUUGAAUGAUAAUUCUUUGCAAGGGAAUGUUUCCGAAAUUCACUUGUUAAAACUCAGGGGCUUGAGUUAUUUGAGUAUGGGUCGGAAUUCUUUAGUUUUUGAUAUUGAUCCCCAAUGGGUACCUCCUUUCCAACUUUCCUGGAUUGAGUUAUCAUUUUGCAAACUAGGGCCUCGUUUUCCACAGUGGCUCAAAACACAAAAAAGGAUUGAAUUUUUACAAUUGGCUUAUGCAAACAUCUCAUAUAGCAUCCCUGACUGGUUCGAAAACAUUUCUUCCAAUAUUGUAGGAUUGGAUCUAUGUUAUAAUCAGGUGUUUGGAACCUUGCCAAAUUUGAGAAAAUCAAACAAAUCUGAUAUUUAUGAUAGGAGCAUAUUAUUGAAAUCUAACAAGUUUGAGGGUUCUUUAACCCAAUAUCAUUCUGAUGCAAGAAUAUUGGAUAUCUCCGACAACUUGCUCCACGGCCAGAUUCCCCAGAAGAUCAGCGAAAUGAUGCCAAGAUUGCGAUUUUUAUCCCUCUCCAACAACUAUUUGAAUGGUUCCAUUCCAACUUCUUUAUGCAGGAUUGAGUCGUUUGAAAUUCUUCGUCUUUCGAAAAAUCAUCUGUCAGGACAAAUACCUUCAUGUUUGGGAAAUCUUCAAUCGUUAAGGGUGAUUGAUCUGUCAAAUAAUAUGCUGACUGGCCAUGUUCCAAUAUCCUUGGGUUCUCAACAGUUUCUUGUUUCCCUGCAUCUGCAAAACAAUAAUCUGCAAGGAAAGAUCCCAAAGUCAUUAAGGAAUCUAGAACAAUUGGAGACUCUUGAUCUUAGCAUGAAUGCUUUUGAUGGUUUUAUUCCUUCGUGGAUAGGUGAAAGCCUAUCUUCAUUGAAAGUACUCAGUUUUCAAAACAAUAAAUUUGAAGGUGAGAUUCCUCUGCAGCUUUGUUACCUUGCUUCUCUUCGCAUAGUGAACUUGGCAAACAACAUGAUGACUGGAACCAUUCCUUCUUGUUUUGGCAAUUUUACUGCGAUUGCUAUGCAGUAA